GGUCGGGGGGAAAGACGCAGUCUCCAGCCAGGGGUACAGCCUACUUAGUGGAGAUGAUUGCAAUGUGUGAUGAAAUGCUGGGCCGUUUCCCGAUCACGGUGUGCACGUAGUGAUGGAAGAACCGGCUCGUUCUUGGAAGAGGUUUUUUUCCCCCAAGCCCCCUUCCACUCGGAAAAAAUAACCCCCCUGAAAGGCAAAAUAGGAUGCCUUGCUUUUUUUCCCCCGACGGAGAGAAAACGGAUGCUGUGACGAGAUAGAACAUUGAUUAAUGGCGCGUUUUGGAGACGAGCUACCCAACAGGUAUGGAGGUGGAGGAGGAGGAGGUGGUGGUGGCGGUGGUGGCGGGGGUGCCGGCGGACAAGGGGGGCCCGGCCGCGGUGGCAGCAGGCAAGGGGGGCCCCCCGCAGGGCAGCGGAUGUACAAGCAGUCGAUGGCCCAGAGAGCCCGGACCAUGGCCCUGUACAACCCCAUACCCGUCCGGCAGAGCUGCCUAACGGUCAACCGCUCCCUCUUCCUCUUCAGCGAAGACAACCUGGUGAGGAAGUACGCCAAAAAGAUCACCGAAUGGCCUCCGUUUGAAUGGAUGAUUCUCACCACCAUCAUUGCGAACUGCAUCGUUCUGGCUCUGGAGCAGCACCUCCCUGAUGGAGACAAGACGCCUCUCUCUGAACGCCUGGAGGAGACGGAGCCCUACUUCAUAGCCAUCUUCUGCUUCGAGUCGGGGAUAAAGAUCCUGGCUCUGGGCUUCGCGCUGCACAAAGGCUCCUACCUGAGGAACGGCUGGAACGUCAUGGACUUCGUGGUCGUGCUCACCGGUAUUUUGUCCUCAGUGGGGUCUCAGCUCGACCUGAGGACACUCCGAGCCGUCAGAGUGCUCCGACCACUGAAACUGGUGUCUGGGAUCCCCAGCCUGCAGGUGGUGCUCAAGUCCAUUAUGAAGGCCAUGAUCCCGCUGCUGCAGAUCGGCCUGCUGUUGUUCGUGGCCAUCCUCAUGUUCGCCAUCAUCGGCCUGGAGUUCUACAUGGGAAAGUUCCACACUACGUGCUACGACAAAGUCACGCGAGAGGUGGUGGACAAUAUGCCGUGCGGCACGGAGCUGCCGUCGCGGCUGUGUCCCAACGGCACCGUGUGCGAAGGCCACUGGAUCGGACCCAACUACGGCAUCACGCAGUUCGACAACAUCCUGUUCGCCGUGCUCACCGUCUUCCAGUGCAUCACCAUGGAGGGAUGGACGGAGAUGCUCUACUUUAGUAACGACGUGGAGGGCAGCGCAUGGAACUGGAUGUACUACAUCCCCCUCAUCAUCAUCGGCUCCUUCUUCAUGCUCAACCUGGUGCUGGGUGUGCUCUCAGGUGAAUUCGCCAAAGAGAGAGAGCGCGUGGAGAACCGGAGCGAGUUCCUCAAGCUGAGGCGGCAGCAGCAGAUCGAGAGGGAGCUCAACGGAUACCUGGAGUGGAUCUGCAAAGCAGAAGAAGUGAUCCUGGCGGAGGAGGACGGCACAGUGAACUUCGAUGGUUCGAGGCGAAGGCCAACCAUCAAAACCAAAAACAACAAGACGGAGCUGCUGAACCCAGAAGAAGGCGAGGACAACAUGGGGGACGCCGUAGGUUUCGCCCGCUCCAGCCUGAAGAACGGGAUCGAAGGCUCCAACUACAGCAAGAAGGAGCGACGGCUGCGCUUCUUCAUCCGCAAGAUCGUGAAGACUCAGGCCUUCUACUGGACCGUGCUGUGCCUGGUGGGCCUCAACACCAUGUGUGUGGCCGCCGUGCACUACAACCAGCCCGAGCUGCUGUCCGACUUCCUCUUCUAUGCAGAGUUUAUCUUCCUUGGCUUGUUCAUGUCGGAGAUGUGUAUCAAGAUGUAUGGUCUGGGCAUCCAGCCCUACCUCCACUCUUCAUUCAACUGCUUUGACUGUGUGGUCAUCGUGGGCAGCAUCUUCGAGGUGAUUUGGGCCACCAUCAAACCAGGGACCUCCUUCGGGAUCAGCGUGCUGCGAGCGCUGCGACUGCUCCGCAUCUUCAAAGUCACCAAGUACUGGGCUCCUCUGCGGAACCUGGUGGUUUCUUUGCUAAACUCCAUGAAGUCCAUCGUCAGUUUGCUCUUCCUCCUCUUCCUCUUCAUCGUGGUCUUUGCCUUGCUGGGGAUGCAGCUGUUCGGAGGACAAUUCAACUUUGAGGAGGGAACGCCUUCAACCAACUUCGACACGUUUGCAGCAGCCAUCAUGACAGUGUUUCAGGUCCUGACUGGAGAGGACUGGAACAUGGUGAUGUACUACGGCAUCGAGUCCCAGGGAGGAGUCAACGACAAAGGCAUGGUCUUCUCCAUCUUCUUCAUCGUGCUCACACUCUUCGGCAACUACACUCUGCUCAACGUCUUCUUGGCCAUCGCCGUGGACAACCUGGCCAACGCACAGGAGCUCACCAAGGACGAGGAGGAGCAGGAGGAAGCAGCCAAUCAGAAGACGGCGAUGCAGAAGGCCAAGGAGGUGGCGGAGGUCAGCCCGCUGUCAGCUGCCAACCUGUCCAUCGCUGCGAAGGAGCAGCAGAAGAACAACAUCAAGGGCGGCAAGUCGGUGUGGGAGCAGAGGACCAGCGAGAUCCGCCGGCAGAACCUGAUGACCAGCCGCGAGGCGCUCUACAACGAGCUGGAGCAGGAGGACUGGAAGGUGGGAGGAGAAGGAGAGGAGGUGUCCUACCCACGGAAAGCACGUGGAGAUAUGAAGACCCACCUGGACCGCCCGCUGGUGGUCAACCCCCAGGACAACCGCAACAACAACACCAACAAGACCCAACCUGGCGAGCUGCCCCUGGACCAGGAGUACCGGCGCCAGGACGUGGACCACCGCCUCCGCGCCACCCACCACUACCACCACCACCUGCGGAGGGCCGAGGCGCCGGACGGCGGCGGGGGGGCGGAGACCCGCAUCGAGCGGGGCUUCAGCUGCACGUCGCUGGGCAACGCGGAGGGCCAGCAGGGCGAGGACAGGCACGUCCACAGGAACCACCGGGGCCACCGGCACAAGAACCGGGAGGGCCGCAGCGUCUCCCCCCACCGGAGCGCCGGCGCCGAGGGCCGCCACGAGCACCGCAGGUCCCGGCAGCACCGCCGCGAGGGCGAGGAAGGCAGGAGACACAGGUCCAAGGGGACAGAGGGGGAGGCGGAGAAGGGCGAGGAAGGGGAGGGCCGGAAGGCGAGGAGGCAUCGCCGCGUUAACCAGGAGAAGAGCAGAGGGCACCGCAGCCGGAGGGAGCACCACAGCAGCGGGCCCGGCCUCUCCGCGGUGCGACCCGUACAGCAGCGCAACGAGGACCUGGACAACCUGCGCAACAACAGCAAGCUGACCGGCCUCCCGCCGGACCGCCGCGACCACGUCAACAACCUGCUGAACCGCCGCGACGCCGACGCCCACAUGCUGCACAGCAUGGACAGCCUGAUCCUGACCAGCAUGGCCAAGCCCGAGUACACCAGGAUAGACAUGCCGCCCGUCUACCCGUACCCCUCCACCAACGCCAUCCUGCAAGUGAACAAGAACGCCAACACGGACCAGAAGAAGAUCGAGGAGAAGAAGGAGGAGGAGGACGAGGGGGGAGACGAGGAUGGCCCCAAACCAAUGCCUCCCUUCAGCUCCUGCUUCAUAAUGUCCACCACCAACCCGUUCCGGAGGUGCUGCCACUACAUCCUGACCCUGAAGUACUUUGAGUUCAGCAUCCUGUCCGUCAUCGCCAUGAGCAGCAUCGCCCUCGCCGCUGAGGACCCCGUGUGGCCCGAGUCCCCACGCAACAAUGUGCUGCGUUAUUUUGACUACGUUUUCACAGGCGUCUUCACAUUUGAAAUGUUGAUCAAGAUGGUGGUGCUGGGCCUCUUUCUCCACCAGGGCUCCUACUUCCGCGACUUGUGGAACAUUCUGGACUUUAUAGUGGUUAGUGGUGCUCUGGUGGCCUUCGCCUUCACGGGAAGCAGCAAGGGCAAAGACAUCAGCACCAUCAAGUCCCUCCGCGUGCUGAGGGUCCUGCGUCCUCUGAAGACCAUCAAGCGCCUGCCCAAGCUGAAGGCAGUGUUUGACUGCGUGGUCAACUCUCUGAAGAACGUGCUGAACAUCUUGAUCGUCUACAUGCUCUUCAUGUUCAUCUUCGCCGUGGUGGCCGUGCAGCUCUUCAAAGGCCGCUUCUUCUUCUGCACGGACGAAUCCAAAGAGUUUGAGCGGGACUGCAGGGGGGAGUUCCUGUUGUACGCAGGAGAGGAAAUCAAAGCUCAGAAGCGGGAGUGGAAGAAGUACGAUUUUCACUACGACAACGUGGCUUGGGCCCUGCUCACCCUCUUCACUGUCUCCACGGGAGAGGGGUGGCCGCAGGUGUUAAAGCACUCGGUGGACUCCACCUAUGAGAAUCAGGGCCCUAGCCCGGGUUAUAGGAUGGAAAUGUCCAUCUUUUACGUGGUGUACUUCGUUGUCUUCCCCUUCUUCUUCGUGAACAUCUUUGUGGCUCUCAUCAUCAUCACCUUCCAGGAACAGGGGGAUAAGAUGAUGGAAGACUACAGUUUAGAAAAGAAUGAGAGAGCAUGUAUAGAUUUCGCCAUCAACGCCCGACCUCUGACUCGCCACAUGCCGAAGAACAAGCUGAGCUUCCAGUACCGCUUGUGGCAGUUCGUGGUGUCUCCGCCCUUCGAGUACAGCAUCAUGGCUCUGAUCGCACUCAACACCAUCGUCCUCAUGAUGAAGUUUGACGGCGCGUCGGAGACGUACGACGAGGUCCUGAAGAACCUCAACAUCGUCUUCACCACCUUCUUCUUUCUGGAAUCGGUCCUCAAGGUCAUCGCUUUUGGCCCUCUGAACUUCUUCAGAGACGCCUGGAACGUCUUUGACUUUGUGUCGGUCGUGGGAAGCAUCACCGACAUCCUGGUGACGGAGUUCGGGGACAACUUCAUCAACUUGAGCUUCCUGCGGCUCUUCAGAGCGGCUCGUCUCAUCAAGCUGCUCAGGCAGGGGGAGACCAUCCGCAUCCUGCUGUGGACCUUCGUCCAGUCCUUCAAGGCCCUGCCGUACGUGUGCCUGCUCAUCGCCAUGCUCUUCUUCAUCUACGCCAUCAUCGGCAUGCAGUUGUUCGGUAACCUGGCCCUGAACGACGAGGAGGAGAGCGCCAUCGACGAGCACAACAACUUCAGGACCUUCAUCAUGGCCCUCAUGCUGCUGUUCAGGAGCGCUACGGGCGAGGCGUGGCAUGACAUCAUGCUGGCGUGCCUGGGCGGGAAGCAGUGCGACCCGGCCUCAGGGAACACGGAACCCGAAUGUGGCAGCACCUUCGCCUACACCUACUUCGUCUCCUUCAUCUUCCUCUGCUCUUUCCUGAUGCUGAAUCUGUUCGUGGCCGUCAUCAUGGACAACUUUGAGUACCUGACCAGGGACUCGUCCAUCCUGGGGCCGCAUCACCUGGACGAGUACGUAAGGAUCUGGGCCGAGUACGACCCGGCCGCCUGCGGGCGCAUACAUUAUAAGGAUAUGUACAGUUUAUUGCGAGUUAUCUCCCCUCCCCUGGGCCUUGGCAAGAAAUGCCCACAUAGGGUGGCCUGCAAGAGGCUGCUGCGCAUGGAUCUGCCGGUUGCCGAUGACAACACGGUGCAUUUUAACUCCACCCUCAUGGCUCUGAUCAGGACGGCACUGGACAUAAAGAUUGCCAAGGGCGGUGCAGACAAGCACCAGAUGGACGCAGAGUUGAGAAAAGAGAUGAUGGCCAUUUGGCCGAACUUGUCGCAGAAGACACUGGACUUGCUGGUUACGCCGCACAAGGCAGCCACAGACUUGACGGUGGGCAAAAUCUACGCUGCCAUGAUGAUCAUGGAAUACUACCGGCAGAGCAAGACGAAAAAGCUGCAGGCCCUGCGAGAGGAACAGAACCGAACGCCAUUAAUGUUUCAGCGCAUGGAGCCCUCUGAGGGAGGGGGCACGGACGGCCAGGGGGGUCAGGGCCUCAACGGCCUCCCCAGCAACCAGCCAGACAACAUCAACAGCGUACCGCCAGAGGGGGGCGUGACCGAGAGUCAAUCGUGGGUGACGGCCAAAGCCCAGGAAAUGUUCCAGAAGACGGGUAACUGGAGCCCCGACAGGCCGUACCCCGACGAUCUCCACGACAACCGCCACAACCCGCAGACGGUUGAGAUGAGGGAGAUGGGGCGGGACGGGUACUCCGACACUGAGCCCUAUCACCCAAUGGAAGGGCAUGGGCGGACCCUCUCCAUGCCCCGCCUCUCGGCAGACAACCAAAGAGCUCAUGCUGUUUCGCGGAGGAGACACAGGCCUCGUGGAAAUAACCUCAGUACCAUCACCGACACCAGCCCCAUGCGGCGCUCCACCUCCAGCCUGGUCCACGGGCGCACGGGCCGGGGCGUGAGGCUGGACGACUACUCCCUCGAGAGGGUGGUGUCCGAGGAGGGGAGGCACGGGGGAGGCCGCAGACACAGGGACCGGAGCCAGCGCGCCUCGCAGCGCUCGCUCACCCGCUACACCGACGCCGACACGGGUCUGGGCACAGAUCUCAGCACCACCACGCAGUCGGGCGACCUCCCACCCAAGGAGCACGAGAGGGACCGCGGCCGCACCAAGGACCGGCGCCACCACCACCACCACCACCACCACCACCACGGCUCCGUGGACAAGGAGCGCUACGGCCCCGAGAGGCACGACUACCCACACCGGCCCCCCCACGACCGCCACUGGUCCCGCUCCCCCAGCGACGGGACCGACGGGCGGGGACCCCGACAGGGCAGUAGCUCGGUGAGCGGCAGCCCGGUGCCGUCCACCUCGGGGACCAGCACUCCGCGGAGAGGCCGUCGCCAGCUGCCCCAGACCCCCGCCGUCCCCCGCCCGCAUGUCACCUACUCCCCCACUGUCCGCAAGCCCAGCUACGGCCCCCCCGGGGGGACGGGCCGGCUGCGCUCGCCCUCCCCCCGCCACUUCUCCCCGCCAGACCACGACCGGGGCUACCACCACCGACCCCCGUCGCGCCAAGCCUCCCCCCACCACGGGGGCUCCUCGUCCCGGCACGGCUCGCCGCGCUCCCCUCGGCACCAGUCCCCGCGCUCGCCCCCCCACGGCUCGCCCAGGUCACCUCACCGGGGCCGCUGGAGCGGGCCCCCGCCCGGGGACAGCCUGGAGGGGGACGGCCCGUUCUACGAGCGCGACUACGAGUACGAGCGGCACCACGAGCCCCCCGCCUACGAGCAGAGCCUCUCCCACGGCAACCCCCACCCACACGGGGGAAACCCUCACCCGCGCUCCCCCAGGACUGCCCGCCAGGGGCCCACUCCGCCCCCGCACCCGCAUCCACGCAGGGUGCCCAACGGCUACCGCUCGUCCUCCCCAUCGCCGCAUCGGCGGGGGCCGCCCGGAGCACCCCCCCAUCCCCACCAUCGGCCCCCGCAUCCCCGAGGGCCCCGCAAGGGUCUGCACGAACCUUUCAGUGAGACGGACGAGGACGACUGGUGCUAGCGACCACGUGGGGGGGGGGGGAUGAGGGCGGAGACGAGGAGACCGGCGCUCUGGCCUUGGAUGAGUAGACUUUUCGUAAAGCAGAGGUGGUAAGAAAUGUCGGAGGGGGGCGUACGCCCUCCAAACCCCCUACACUCACCCCGCGGACUCUAAAGGAGAGGAAUCGGGUGCAGGGCGAGGGGGGGGGGGGGGGGGCUGCUAUUAGCCUUUCACACAAUUUUGUGUAGGACUCAAAUUAAGUGAUGGAGUGACGUGGAUAAACAUGAAAAAGAGACCGCCAAGAACACCUCUCUCAGAACUACACUUCCCAGAAUGCUAUGCCUGACCAGCAAGGCCGGGCUGAAGGAGGGAGAGGGAGACCCAGGGAGGAGCGCGCGAGGCGGGCCGGGGCGGCCGCGGGCCUCGAGGCCCGAUAGCGCUUCUCUCGCACGCGGCGCGUGAUUGGCUUAGUUUCGUCAGACGGCGCCGGCGGUCCGCUCUUGCAAAAAGCCAGAAAAACGAGUCGGGACACAGCGUCCCCAGCGGCGACUCGGACAGAUAUGUUCAAAGAAAAAUGAUUUAACACAAAGCCAGGACCCCCUAACCCUUACAUGCCAAGCUAUGCCUCCAGAAAAUCAAACUUGAACAAUGAAGAACAAAAACUUUACCUGACAAACAAUGAAAAGAAAAAAAGGGAGAACAACCACUUUAUCUUCAACCUUUUUCCAAGGGACAGAACCAGGAAGCUCCGCCUAUACUGCAAAAACCAGCCAAUCACAGCGCUGGCUGAUAUUCGAUGAGUUUUAUCAUCUCUGUUUACUGUUAAAGACUCACUUAAUGCUGGAGGAACCGGUGUGACAUCACUUCCUGUCCAGCGGUGGCGGUAGUGCAUGGGAGGGAGGGGAGCAGGGGGGCGGGGCACGUGCACGCUCACUUCCUGUUCGAGGGCGCAAUGGCGGUGGGCGUCUGGUAGCUCGAGAAGCGAGUUGAACACUUGGCCGAGCCCCUUCCCGACAGGAAAUGACAUCACACGGUUGAGCGGGGCGGAGGACAGGAAACCAGGGACGGGGAAAAAGACUAAUUUCUUCAGAGUUUCGUCGAUUACUUCUCCUUCUUGUUCUUCUUCGGACAUUGGAGCUUGGUUCUUCUGUUGCAUUCGCUCAGCCUCCGUUUGAUCUUUUUUGGAGUCCAAAAUUUGAUGGAAGCCUGCAUGAUCGAUUAAAUACAUACUAGAGAGUAAAUCUAACUGGUGUGGGUGGGGCCUGGGGGCUUUAUAGGAAACUUUGCUUUUAGGUUUACAGAAGAAGUCCUCUUCUUUCACUCUCUCUCUCUCUCUCUCUCUCUCUCCUCAAGCGAAACUUUCAUUUACGUUUAGUCUUUAGCCGAAAACAGGCUCUGACGUUCGGCCAUUUUGUCCGAUGAAAAGCUACGACUUGUUAAAAAGAGACGCUGCGGUUCGACGUCGAGAGAAAGAGCCGAGAGAGGCGGACUUCCACCACACUUGGUUUGUUAUUGUUAAUGAUGAUAGUCUUACGAAUAAUGAUAUCUAUGUCAAUGCAAAAUGAUGAUGACAAUGAUGAUGCUGAUUGAUGAAACUGUUGCUGUAGAUUUGUUGUCAUGCUAUUUGGAGUUUUAGGUAUGCUAUGUCCAUCUUUACAUCCGUUAUGUUUAUGAUGCCUUCAGGCGACCUGUCGCGGCUCGGGAAAACUCACUCAGCGGCGUUGCGCGUUGUAACGCAACUCUUAAGACUCUCUCUUCAGAACGGGGGGGGGGGGGGGA